ACAACCGAGUUAGUUGUGCUCAGUGGAUACUGCCCGGAUACAACAUGACUGCGUGCUUAAGAAUGCUGGGCCUUAUGGCCGUUACAAUCGGUCAUAUAACACAAGGUAUGAUCAUCUACAAUCCGACGUCGUACACGAGCCGGUACGUAGAUCCAUGUUCGCCAAGCCCGUGCGGUUCAAACACUCAGUGUCGCGUGGCCGAAGGAAGACCCGUUUGCAGCUGUCUGCCCGGCCACUGGGGAAAUCCGACGACCUACUGUCAACGCGGCGAGUGCGAAGUCAAUCAAGACUGCCCAAACUCUAAAGCUUGCCGUAAUUACAAAUGUGAAGAUGUAUGCUCAGGACAGUGCGGACGUAACGCAGACUGCUCGCCCAGGAAUCAUGUUGCUGUGUGUUCCUGUCCAGCCCGUUAUGUCGGUGAUCCAUCCGUGUCUUGUCGUCAAAUGGACCCACAAGAACUUUGUUACCCCAGUCCGUGUGGCCAAAACACCAAAUGCGAAGUGAUCAACGACGUACCUGUGUGUUCCUGUCUUCCUGGUUACAUCGGUUCACCUUCUUCCGGUUGCCGUCACGAAUGCGACUCCGACUACGAUUGCGGUCCAUCCCAAAUGUGCCAACAGUACAAGUGCACUUCGGCAUGCUCUACGGGAACUUGUGCUCCAACUGCGAUAUGUGAAGUCCACAACCACAGAGCUACCUGCUCGUGUCCCAAGGGUUACUUCGGCGAUCCGUACACAUCGUGUCGAGCGGAGUGUCUGUCGCACGCCGACUGCCCGGCGGACCGUCCGGCGUGCUCGGGCGAACGGUGCGUGAACCCGUGCAGCGGCAACGUGUGCGGCAUCAACGCCAACUGCGAACCGCGGGGAGCGACGCCCAUAUGCAGCUGCCCCCGGACCAUGACCGGUGACCCGUUCGUCCGGUGCCGUCCGUUCGAGCCGGCCGACCUCUGCGAACCGAACCCGUGCGGCGAGAACGCCCGGUGCACGCCCGGCCACGACGUCACCGGCAAGGAGCGACCGGUGUGCACGUGCCUGCCUGGCUACACGGGCGACGCGCUCACCCGGUGCAGGCGCGGCGAGUGCACCGCCGACGUCGAAUGCCGUCACGACCAGACGUGCGUCGACUACCAGUGCCGGAACGUGUGCACGGGCCAGUGCGGCGUGGACGCCGAGUGCAACGCCCGCAACCGGGUGGCCACGUGCUCCUGUCCGCCAGGUUACACGGGCCACGCGAUGACCCGGUGCUAUCCGAAGUCGACAACUGCCGGACGCAUCUUCUACAACGGCAAGAAAUGAACGUUAUAAUAACAGUAGUAAUUAUCGGCUGUACAGCCAUCGUGUCGCAUACAAUAUCAUAAUAUUAUCGCCGUCACUGGCCCGUUUUUUGGACGCCGUUACUGGCCCGUUUAUGAUUGAUGGGAUAAUUACAAGUCCUCCGGAAGCCAACAACUGUACGGUGAGAAUGUUCGGCUUCCGGGCCGAUCGAUCKGUAGUAAUUUAUGGCAAUUUAAUUUUACUUUACCCAGCUAACGCGUAGUUAUAUUAUUGUUAUUAUUUAACAUUUAUAUUUUAGGUAUAUUGUCAUAUAUUAUUGUGAAAGUUAGAAAGUUUAAACUCGACGUUGUAGCUCACCAAUUUCCGUAGUUCACAUUAUGUUAAGAUUAUGCGGCAGGUAAACACGCGCUGUACACCAACACGAUGUUAAUAUUAUUAUACAUUAUCGGUGGACAAUGUUCACUUAAAUAUUAUAUACAGUUACCAUUUUUUAUUUAUUUCCAAUAAUAUAUAAU